UUCAUUUCUUCUGUCCCGGUCUUCUAUCUAGGUAGCUGUGUACUCUUAACUACCAAUAAGAUUACUAAUAUAUGCUCUAAGAGCCAGUAAGGACAAAGCAAUCUAGUCAGCUGGGUGUGUUGAGUUGGAGUUUACACUUUGGACCCCAGAAGAGCUGAGAGAUUAAGAGCAGACUCUUCAGAAACGGAGACCUCAGAGUAAAAUAGAUAUUUUGUUUGGGUUGCAGUUGUUUUGACAGCUUCUUUGGUGUGCCACUCAAGCAGGAAAAUUAUGGAGCAUUACCCGGAUCAGGGUUGUGAUGGCCUUGAGCUGCUUGACUGGCUAUUUGAUCAAAAUAAUGGUAUUCUCCGUCACGAAGAACCAGAACAACACACUUGGCCAAUCCAGGACCCAAAUCAGAUGUUGCAGCCACCCGAACAGCCAAACGAUGACUUUCUCAAUGCGCUCCUGCGUGGCGGUGAUUCUGUGUCAGCCUCUCCGCUCUGGUCACCAUCUCCCAGUGACAGUGGGAUCAGUGAGGACCCUCCAUCAGACCAGAUGGACAGUCCUCAGCGCCCUGAAAGCCCACCCGGGGACUCCCAUUUCUUUGGUACAAGACCACUAACCAAGGCGGCCCUGGAAGCCAAUGUCCCCGCUGACUUCAGUGGCUGGAAGCUUGGCUUUCCAAUGGGCAAGGCGAGGAUUACACAUCCUUCUAAUGUGGAUACAUCACAGCUUUCCUCUAGCUUCCCCCUAACUGUCAAAGAUCUGCUAUUGUCGGGCACGUCUGAGCCAACCCCACAGCCAUCCCAAAAGUCCAUUCAAGAGCUGGUUCUCAAUGAAGAUGAGAUGAAGCUUUUAGCAAAGGAGGGAGUCACUCUGCCCACCCAGCUACCUCUCACAAAGUAUGAAGAAAGGAUUCUGAAGAAAAUACGCCGAAAAAUUCGCAACAAGCAGUCGGCCCAGGAGAGCAGAAAGAAGAAAAAGGAGUACAUCGAUGGGCUGGAAAGCAGGAUGGUUGCUUGCAGUACACACAACCAAGAGCUACAGAGAAAAGUGUCCCAGCUGGAGAAAUGUAACAUGUCACUAAUGGAACAGCUGCGCAGGCUGCAGGCCCUGGUCAUGAAUACAACUAAUAAGCCAGCCCAGACUGGGACAUGUGUACUGGUGCUCGUGCUGUCCUUCUCCCUAAUACUGUUCCCAAGCCUCAAGCCCUUAUCUGACUCCAAAGUCAGCCAAGGAGACUUCACUCCAGUCAGAAUCCAGUCACGGUCCCUGCAGAACCUUCAGGCUUCCCGUGUACUCCAUGUCACUGAAUCCCCAAUCUUCAGCGAGGAUGAAUCAGAGCCUCUUCACCGGCAUUACCCAGAAGACCCGGGAUUGGAAGAUUUGACCGCACUGAUGGAGAAGAUGGCAGUAGACCAAGAACAAUCCACUUUGGAGUCCAUGUCUCUCAACAACAGCCAGGAAGACAAAAUUGGUCAUUUCCAUGUAGAUCCAAUUACUGGUCACAUCGCUACGGUGACCUUGAAUCCCCAUCGCUCUGCCAGGUUACAGCCACACGCUGAUGGUAUGUAAGAAAGAAGGGAAGCAAAAUUUUCAAAUUAUCCUACUCCUAAUGGUAGAGCAGGGGAUUAUCAGGGGCUGUUGUUUACACAAAUGGAAAUUGGGUUUUAAUCAUUCCCAUUUUGUCUUUAAUACUUAUGUAGCCUGUAUGCUUUUUUUUUCUACUUGUGAUACUGUUUUAUAUCAGUGUUUGGAUUUGAAUCCCUACUGAAAUUUCUUUUUCUGUGUAUGCCUUGACUUUGAUGAAAUGCCAGUGUAAAUUGCUGUUUGAGAAUGUCAAAAAAUGUGGUGAAUAGAGCCGUGAUUGCAUGUAUAGUUUUGAUCAUAAUGAACGAUUUUUGAAAUGUUAAAGGAUUUUCAAAGCAUGUUUUCUCCAAAGAGUUGAUUGCAGUAGUUUGGAUUUAUUCACGGAUUAAACAUCGUAAAGUAAAGAAAAGUAUUAAAAUAACACAACAAAAUCA